AUGCCCUCCACUGUGGCGGUUUUCCCCUGCUUUGGCUAUAGGAAGCUCAUACCCUGGUUGCUAGGGCAACCAAGGAGGAUGGCUCCCAGCAGGAGCUGGGGAAGCCUUGGACUGCCGUUCAGCUCGUCGCUGUGGAGCAUGCCUGCUGACCUGCUGCUGGCUGGGAGGAGGAGCCAACUCUGCAGAGGAGCUUCUCCAGGCCCAGUAUGGGUCCUGCCGCCCCUCUGCCCCACCAUGAGACAGAGUUUCAGCAUUAGAGCGAGUGCUCCUCUCUCCCUCUGCUGGCCACUGCACAGUUCUGACUUGCUCUGCUCCAGUUGUAGCAGGAGCACAGGCAGCAAGAUGUCAUCCUCCUCCUCCAGCUCCUCAUCCACCAGCGAUGGACAAGGGAAACCUAAACCUAAAUCCACGUUUCACAACAGGGGGAGCCUGAAGAGCACCACCAGCCCUGACCUGUGCAGUGCAUCUGGGCCCAAGCCCCUCAAGCAGCAGCGAUCUCUUCCAGGGACACCUGUCUCUCUCACACAUUACCCAAUCGACCUGCGAACAUCCAUGGAAGAGAAGUACAAAGAGAUUGCAGAGGAGCUGUUCACACGCAGCAUGACGGAGAGCGAGAUGCGCAGCGCUCCUUAUGAGUUCCCGGAAGACAGUCCCAUCGAACAGCUGGAAGAGCGCCGGCAUCGCCUGGAGAGGCAAAUCAGCCAGGACAUUAAGCUUGAGCCAGAGAUCUUGCUCCGUGCCAAACAGGACUUCAUGAAAAUCGACAGUGCUGCAGACCUAGAGUUAAUGAAACAGGUGAGUGUGGACACUGUUGAUGAUGGCUUUAGAGAGAGGGCAAUGCCAAUGGAGAGAGAGUACCAGCGGGUCUCAAUAUCUGGAGAGGAAAAGUGUGGGGUACCCUUCACUGACCUGGUAGAUGCUGCCAAGUGUGUGGUGAAGGCAUUAUUCAUCCGGGAGAAGUACAUAACACGAUCCAUGCAGAACUUUUGUAAGACCACGGCUCACGCCUUGCAGGACCUUGGGACGAAGCCUCUGGAAGUGGGAGUCUAUGACGAUAUACCAGAGACGCCUGUAGAUGCCGAUGCCCCCGUCCACCCACCUGUUUCAGGGACACAUCCUUACGACAAUCAGGACCCCAUGAAUAUGCCAGCUGACACAGGAUAUGGUUGCAAGAUGGUGGAUGGAGUAGUCCAUGUCUACACCAAGAAAACCAACAUUGACAAGAGUUCAGAACUGGACUUGCCGUAUCCUGACCUGAAAGAGUAUAUUACAGAUAUGAAUGUUAUGAUAGCUCUCAUUAUCAACGGGCCAGUGAAGUCUUUUUGCUACCGUCGCCUCCAGUACCUGAGCUCUAAAUUCCAGAUGCACAUCCUCCUGAAUGAGAUGAAGGAGCUGGCAGCUCAGAAGAAAGUUCCUCACAGAGAUUUUUACAACAUACGAAAGGUAGACACACACAUACAUGCAUCUUCCUGCAUGAACCAGAAGCACUUGCUGCGAUUCAUCAAGAGAGCCAUGAAGAAAUACCCUGAGGAGAUUGUUCACAUUGAGAAUGGGCGUGGCCAGACCCUGAAGGAGGUGUUUGAGACCAUGAACCUGACAGCCUUCGACCUGAGUGUGGACACUCUGGACAUGCACGCGGACCGUAACACGUUCCAUCGGUUUGACAAGUUCAAUGCCAAAUACAACCCGAUUGGAGAAUCCAUCCUCAGAGAGAUCUUCAUCAAGACUGACAACCACAUUGAAGGAAAAUACUUUGCACACAUUGUCAAGGAGGUGAUGUUUGACUUGGAGGAGAGCAAGUACCAGAACUCUGAACUACGUCUGUCCAUCUACGGCCGCUCCAGAGACGAAUGGGACAAUCUGGCCCAAUGGGCCGUCAAACAUCGAGUGCACUCUCAUAAUGUGCGCUGGCUCAUCCAGGUGCCUCGCCUUUUUGAUGUGUACCACACAAAGAAGCAGCUGGCUAAUUUCCAGGAGAUGCUGGAGAACAUCUUCAUGCCUCUGUUUGAAGUCACGAUCAACCCCCGCAGUCAUCCUGAGCUGCAUCUCUUCCUGCAGCAUGUGGUAGGCUUCGACAGCGUGGAUGACGAGUCCAAACCUGAGCACCACAUUUUCAAUCUUGACAGUCCGCUGCCAGUGAAUUGGACAGAAGAGAAGAACCCACCUUAUUCCUACUACCUCUACUACACCUAUGCCAACAUGACUGUGCUCAACCACCUGCGAAGGAGACGAGGCUUCCAUACGUUUGUGCUGCGACCUCACUGUGGGGAGGCGGGGCCGAUCCACCACCUGGUGUCAGGUUUCAUCCUGUCAGAGAACAUCUCCCAUGGGCUGCUGCUCAGAAAGGCCCCGGUGCUGCAGUAUCUUUACUACCUGGCUCAAAUUGGCAUUGCCAUGUCACCGCUGAGUAACAACAGCCUGUUUCUCAGUUACCACCGCAACCCGCUGCCGGAGUACCUGUCAAGAGGCCUCAUGGUCUCUCUGUCCACUGAUGAUCCCCUUCAGUUCCACUUCACCAAGGAGCCUCUGAUGGAGGAGUACAGCAUUGCUACUCAAGUUUGGAAACUGAGUUCUUGUGACAUGUGUGAGCUGGCAAGAAACAGUGUUCUCAUGAGUGGCUUUUCACACAAGGCCAAAAGCUACUGGUUGGGCCCCAGCUAUUCAAAAGAGGGUCCUCUAAGCAAUGACAUCCGCCGUACCAACGUCCCUGACAUCCGUGUGGCAUACCGCAGUGAGACACUCUCUGAGGAGCUUCAGCUCAUCACUCACGCUGUGCGCACAGAGGAGCUGGACAUCAUUGAUGAGGAGGACACUCUGUCCAUGGGCCCUCUCCCGGAACGCCACUGAAAUAACAAUCACAUGGUUUCGUCCCGUCCAGUAAAUCCCCAACCCUGUGGUCCACCCAGCAUGACGCUGAAUAGACCUGGUGUGAGAGCAAAUCUGCUGUCUGUUCAUCCUAAUUACAGUAUAAACAUCCCUAAUCAUCACUGCGUAAGUUAUGCCGCACAAUGACAGCCACACCACUAUCAAAAAGCCAAGGAUAUAGUGCUGCCAGUGUUCUUCUAUCUCUUGUGAGUCAUUUCAUUUUGUUGGAGAGGAUUCAAAUUCAGUUUAUGGCUAAGUUUUGAUCAGAGGUUUUCCCCAACUCUUUUCCUAUAAAGAGUUGUGGAGGAGUUUCUAUUAUUCUCUGUGACAUGUCCACUGUCAGCCAGCAUGAUGCUGGUUAGAGGGGAUGACCAGACAAGACAAGAACAGCAGGGAAACACUAGAAGGCAGCACUAAAGCCAUUAAAUGAUCCCUGUGAUAUGUUUCACCAGAGAUACUUCACAGCAUGUAGUAUCUCUGAGGUAUCUGUGUACUACAGACACUGACAACCAGCACAUUUCAACUAACAGCAAACAUGCGUUGAACGUUGCUUCCACUUUACAUUUAUGCUGCUUAAUUAAUGCAUCUAUUAUCUUCAUUAUAAGUAUAAUGAAGGAAUAAAGAUGCAGUUUUAUUAGAACAACAUUGGUGUUGUUUGUGAAGGUUGGACAUACCUACAGUACAAAUAGGUUUCAUCUUUUAAGCCACUUCGGGGCGACUUAAAGCCUUGAGAUACAACCAAAUCAGCGAGUCCUAUAACUAAGAGGAAAUAACUUCUGUCUGAAUGCUGCAGUGCUGAAGAUCAGCCAUGAAUGGAGCUUGGUGUGGUUUCAGAUCAUUUAUUUGCCAAAUUGCACAUAGCAUAGCAUUAUUCCUCCAUCAUUUAAAUGUGCUCAAAGGUGAACAGAGAAGAGAAAAACUCACAUCAGGAGAGAAGCAGACAUUCCACGAAGCAAACUACUUUUAGUUGAAAAUGAAAUGAGUUCCAGUAAAUACAGCAAUUUAUUUUGGUUUGAGGGUAUAUUGAAGGUUGAGGGGAGAUAAAAGGAGGAAAAAGUGCAUUGUAGAUUUUAACCACAGCUUUUUUUGUUUUUUGUUUUUUUGUUUGAGUAUAUGGAUCUUUUCAGCAUCGUCUGAGGAAAACAUCCGUAACGUUACCUCACUGUGGCCAUUAGGAUGUGGAUCCUCUGUACCUGCUUACAGCUCUGACCACACUCGUUCCUACCCCCGGUGGAUAAACUACAAUGUUUUUCCCCUUUGCAUGCAGUGCACUGUACAUAUGCACCAAGACUUCACAGUGCCUUUUCAUUCUUAGCUUUGGGGCACUGCAUGCCCGUCCUCUCUUCAAGCUUUUUUCAUGUAUAAACCUUUUGUUUUCAUCACCUGCGCAACAAGUAUAGCAUCUUUUUUCCUCAGUGGUAAAUGCCUCUGUGCUGUUUUAACAUCCACACCAAUGGAACUGAAACCACCUGGCUGCAUGCUUGGUGUAAAAUAGCUUUUACCUUGGCCUUUGUUUGUGGAGGAACUUUAAUUUUCCUCUGAUUCUCUGCUUAUAAGUGCUUUUGUGCAUGCCUGCAUGAAUAAUGGAUGGCAGGAGAGAAUGGGUUGUUUACAUUACUGUAAUGUAAAGCAUCUAAACACAUUCAGGGCUGACAACCAGCUUUUGAGUCAGAAAUCUGUUUGCAGAAAAUACAUUAUACAUAUUUUCUGCAAACAGAUUCAAACAUAGCACUGUUCACCAUGUAUAGCACUGUUCACCAUGUAGAAAUGAGCAAACCAUGCAGGGAAAUGGUUAAGAUUGUUGCAUGGUUCUUGUAGCAUUUUUUUUUUUUAAACGCCCCCCAAAUCUGAUCAAAGCUGGGAUCUCAUGUCUUCGAUUUUUGUAUUUGUACACUCAUCAUGUUAUCAUGCCACUCUGCCUGCCACUAGACCCGGUACAACCUCCCAUCAAACUGUGAGCAUUCUCUUUAAACUUAGAUGUCACGUAAUUUCUGAUGCCAACACUUACAGUAUGUCAGGAGCAGAAGGAAAUGUUGGCCUCUGUAACUGUAAUGUAUAACGAUAUACACGUUUGCUUUAAACAGUAGAGGAUUAGAAUAUAAUUAGUUCAGCAAGGAUACAGUAGCAGUCUUUAAAGGGAUGCAUUGAAAGUGUGAGCUGAACAUGGUGGAAUCUGUGUGACUGUUGGAUUUCAUGUACAAAGUGUAUUUUUUUAAAAGACGAGAUAUAGAGAUAAGAAAUUUUAUAUUCACAAUAUUUUGAUGUCAAAGUUUAACCGUUUUGUUGCUGUUGAUUAUUGUGGAUUAGUGUUACGUCAUGAAAAUAGAAGUUUUUUGGUUUUAUUGUUAAACAUUUAAAGUAACUGGACACAAUAUUUUAGUAUCUGCUCUGCUUGUUUAAUAUUACAGCAGCCAUUUUUCACUCAUAUUGUUAACCAACACAUUCAUGAUGGAUGGUUGAUACCAAAAGUUGACUCUACAGUAGCACAUCAGAUACUAACCUCCCGACACACACACAUACAAAACAGACUCUACAGAGAGUCUACAGCCAUGCUACAUGCCGAGUUAGAAGCUGAACACAUUUUAGUUUAGCGUGAUAGAUUUACAUUUGCUAAUUAGCAGUAAACAAAAGCUACAGCUGAGGCUGAGGGGAAUGUCGUUAGUUUUGCAAGUAUUUGGUCACCAUUGGACCAAUUUAGACUUUGACCUGCUGGUGGCAGUCUAUAUGAAAGUUAAUUGAUCACUGACUAACACACAUUAUCAGAAGGACAUGAAUGUCUGUACAAAAUUUUAUGGCAAUCCAUCCAAUAGUUUUGAGACAUUUCACACAAAAAAAGACACAAUACUCAGAAGGUGAAAGAUUAUCAAAAAGUCAGUGAGAUUCAUCCUUUAGGGACCAUGAAUGUUCAGAAUUCAUUUUAAUCCGUCCAUUUGUUGUUGAGAUAUUUCAGUGUAGACCAAAGUGGACCGACAGGCCUGGAACCAUGCUGCCAGCAUGGCUAAAAAAAGGAACAUGUAUUGUAUAGAGUUGGCUUUUUCUGGUUUGAUCGUUUAAAACCUAAAUUUCAACCCAUAUUCUGUUAAAACAUAUAUCGCACAUUUUACGUUACAUAUUUUUCAAAGCACAAAGCUCAGUCUUCAUACUUUAUUACUGCAGCUAUAUUUCUCCGUUGAGCUUUCCCAGUUUUAGUGUUUAGCAACUAUCUCGUUGACUACUUUAUGAUUUAGUGAGGGCAUUAUAGGAAAAAGUCCUGAUUCAGAAGUUGGGAGGGUGAGCAAUGUGUCCGUUCAGUCCCGGUAUGUUUUCACUGUGUCCUUGUUCAUGGUUUCAUAUUGUCUGUGCACUCACGACGCAGCGGUGCACGCUACCUCACACAUACUGAUCUCCGUUACAGUCAUGUUGCUGUUGCAGCUCUACGUUGUUCUCAACAGCAACUGACACACGAAGUUACCCACAAGUUUAAUAACAACAAAAGCUAAAUGUUUAAGAUGCUGGUCAGUUUUCUUGUAUGCCAACACAAAUAUACACAAAUUACUCAAAUAUUCACGUUAUUCACAGAUAAUUCACUGUCAGCUUGAUUUACAUAUUUCUUUGUAUUUACACUCUUAUUCACACUUGAGAUAUUUUUGUUUUCAGCUGUUAUCGUUCUCUUAAAGUAUCUUUGUUUUUACACAAUCUUGUCACAUUUUGACAUUCUAUUUUUUAAUUUUGCCUAAUUUUGUGUCCAUUGAUCUGUAGCCAUUUGCUUGCCUGAAAUGGAUUGCCAGUGUUUUACAGAUUCAGAUGCCUCCGUCAAAGACCAUGUGUAAUGUCUGAACGAUUAAAUAAAGCAUGUUU